AUGAACAUUUUCAGAUUAGCAGGUGAUAUGACUCACCUGGCCAGUGUUCUCGUCUUGCUUCUCAAGAUCCACACCAUCAAAUCCUGCGCCGGUGUUUCGUUGAAGACGCAAGAGCUCUACGCCAUCGUCUUUGCGACGCGUUAUUUGGAUAUCUUCACGAGUUUCGUGUCUGUCUACAACACAUUCAUGAAGCUGGUGUUCUUAGGAAGUUCGUUUUCGAUCGUUUGGUACAUGAGGUCUCACAAGGCUGUUCACAGGACGUACGAUAGAGAGCAGGAUACGUUUCGACAUUGGUUCCUUGUGCUUCCAUGCCUGCUCUUAGCUCUUCUCAUUCACGAAAAGUUCACCUUUCUUGAGGUACUGUGGACGUUUUCGUUGUUCUUGGAGGCUGUUGCGAUAUUACCUCAGCUUGUCUUGCUGCAAAGGACUAGAAAUAUCGAUAACUUGACCGGUCAAUAUAUAUUUCUCCUUGGGGGUUACCGGGGACUUUACAUCCUCAACUGGAUCUACCGUUACUUCACUGAGCCACACUUUGUUCAUUGGAUAACAUGGAUCGCAGGGCUUGUCCAGACAUUGCUCUAUGCCGACUUCUUCUACUAUUAUUUCCUAAGCUGGAAGAACAACAAGAAGCUCCAGUUGCCAGCUUAA